CUUGCUUCAUUUUCUGACCAUGCCAGGCUGAGCAAGUCCUGGCUGUGAGCAUCUGCUGGGGGCUUACUGUGUGGCGUUUGUAUGUUUCCUUUUUUUUAAAAUGAGAAGAAGUUGAAGCAAUACCAGCUUUCUUUCCCUAGCACCUAAGCCCCCUGUGUCUUUCAAAUGCGUUCCUGGAAAGGAGCAUGCUCAGAGAUCUGGCAAAUCAUUGUCCAGUGACCGGGGAGGAAAUGAUCAUUGCUCUUCAUUUAUAAUGCAAAUUCUGAGGUGUCUUCAGAAGUGUGGUAAACUUAAAAUGAUGGCUGUGGUGAGAACAUCUCUGCAGAAAGUUGUGGUUUUGUUGCAUCGUUUACAAAGGAUGGCAGUUUCUUCUCCUCGCUAUCAGAAGCUCUGUAAGGACAUCCAGGCAGAAAUUGAUGCCCAUAAUGAUAUAUUUAAAAGCAUCGAUGGAAACAGGCAGAAGAUGGUAAAAGCUUUGGGAAAUUCUGAAGAAGCUACUAUGCUUCAACAUAGACUGGACGAUAUGAACCAACGAUGGAAUGACUUGAAAGCAAAAUCUGCCAGCAUCAGGGCCCAUUUGGAGGCCAGUGCUGAGAAGUGGAACAGGUUGCUGACAUCUUUAGAAGAACUAAUCAAAUGGCUGAAUAUUAAAGACGAAGAGCUUAAAAAGCAAAUGCCCAUUGCGGGGGAUGUUCCUGCCUUACAGCUCCAGUAUGAUCACUGUAAAGUGCUGAGACGGGAGUUAAAGGAAAAAGAGUAUUCUGUCCUCAACGCUAUCGACCAAGCUCGAGUGUUCCUGGCUGAUCAGCCAAUUGAGGCCCCUGAGGAACCCAGAAGAAACCUACAAUCGAAAGCAGAGUUGACUCCUGAGGAGAGAGCCCAAAAGAUUGCCAAAGCCAUGCGCAAACAGUCUUCUGAAGUCAAAGAGAAGUGGGAAAGUCUUAAUGCUGUUACUAGCAACUGGCAAAAGCAAGUGGACAAGGCUCUGGAGAAGCUCAGAGACCUUCAGGGUGCCAUGGACGACCUGGACGCUGACCUGAAGGAAGCAGAGGCUGUGCGGAACGGGUGGAAGCCUGUGGGGGAUUUGCUCAUUGACGCGCUGCAGGAUCACAUUGAGAAAACCACGGCAUUUAGAGAAGAAAUUGCACCAAUCAACUUAAAAGUGAAAACAGUGAAUGAUUUAUCCAGCCAGCUGUCUCCACUUGACCUGCACCCAUCUCUGAAGAUGUCUCGCCAGCUGGAUGACCUCAAUAUGCGAUGGAAACUCUUGCAGGUGUCUGUGGACGAUCGCCUUAAACAGCUUCAGGAAGCCCAUCGAGACUUUGGACCAUCCUCUCAGCAUUUUCUUUCUACUUCGGUCCAGCUGCCUUGGCAAAGAUCCAUUUCACAUAAUAAAGUUCCCUAUUACAUCAAUCAUCAAACACAGACUACCUGCUGGGAUCAUCCCAAAAUGACAGAACUCUUUCAAUCCCUUGCUGACCUGAACAAUGUCCGUUUCUCUGCCUACCGAACAGCCAUCAAAAUCCGGAGGCUGCAGAAAGCUCUAUGCUUGGAUCUCUUAGACCUGAAUACAACAAAUGAAGUUUUCAAACAACAUAAGCUGAACCAAAAUGACCAGCUUCUUAGUGUCCCAGAUGUCAUCAACUGCCUGACAACUGCUUAUGAUGGCCUCGAACAAAUGCAUAAGGAUCUGGUUAAUGUUCCCCUCUGUGUGGAUAUGUGUCUCAACUGGCUGCUCAAUGUAUAUGACACGGGUCGAACUGGAAAGAUAAGAGUUCAGAGUCUGAAGAUUGGAUUGACAUCUCUUUCCAAAGGUCUCUUAGAAGAAAAGUACAGAUAUCUUUUUAAGGAGGUGGCGGGGCCGACAGAAAUGUGUGACCAGAGACAGCUUGGCCUGUUACUUCACGACGCCAUCCAGAUCCCCCGGCAGCUGGGGGAAGUAGCUGCUUUUGGAGGCAGUAACAUUGAGCCCAGUGUUCGAAGCUGCUUCCAGCAGAAUAACAACAAGCCAGAGAUAAGUGUGAAGGAAUUUAUAGAUUGGAUGCAUCUAGAGCCGCAGUCCAUGGUCUGGCUGCCGGUUUUACAUCGUGUUGCAGCAGCUGAAACUGCAAAGCAUCAGGCCAAAUGCAACAUCUGUAAAGAAUGUCCAAUUGUAGGCUUCAGAUAUAGAAGUCUAAAGCACUUUAACUAUGAUGUCUGCCAAAGUUGCUUUUUUUCGGGCCGGACAGCAAAAGGUCACAAAUUACAUUAUCCUAUGGUGGAAUAUUGUAUACCUACAACAUCUGGGGAAGAUGUGAGAGACUUCACAAAGGUGCUGAAGAAUAAGUUCAGGUCAAAGAAAUACUUUGCCAAGCACCCCCGCCUUGGCUACCUGCCUGUGCAGACAGUUCUAGAAGGCGACAACUUGGAGACGUAA